AUGUCUCAGGGCAACCUAAAUCCCAUCGCCGAUUCUUUCGAGAAUCGGCCAUCCUUUUAUAUUGGUCAGCAUGAUUCGCACCGUUAUGACGUCCUCACAGAUGACCAGUACACCCACGUCCUGACUAGCGGGUUCCAAUAUGUCACUGCUCCCAUCACAAACAGGCACUUCUUCCAAAGGGUCGUGAGCCUGUAUAAGAACUACCUUAAGGAGAGGGAGCAAUGGGUCAGUGAACGCGGUCUGACCCCUACACAACUGGCUAACCCAUCUCUUCCACCGCCAAUCAUUCCGACUCUCACAGAUGAGGACACUUCUUUGUCCCCGUGCAGCCAUAUUGGCUCACUCAUUGCAUACUCUAGUCCAUGGAUUGACCUUUGUUCACCGGACCCCACUAUCGCAAGCAUCUCUCGCCAGGUCUUCAACAUUGAGGUUGCUUAUGCCAACUUCUGCGGUGCUCGCACCAUCAUGGUUCCAGGCCCAAGACAGGAUGGGGACAGCUGUGGCAUCGUUCAGUAUGCGCGUGCCAUUCUUGAGGCGUUGCAGGUGGCCCCUCGGGUGAACAUUGUUAUCCAUCUUCCCAUGUAUCGGGAGCCUGGCCUGGAAGAGAAGGCGCAGACGCUCUCCGACAUCUUCAACCCUCAGAAUGGGGAGAAGGAAGACGCCAAGAAGAGCAAGGAAAUUGACAUCUUCACCGUCUGGGACUCCUGGAAUACUAUCCGGUCUGUCUGCAAUUACAACGUUAGGCUCUUUGUGGCCCUUCGUAUUCCUCGUCGGGUGCCUGAGAAGACGCUCCAAGAACGCUGGUUCUCAGAGCCUCUGCAUUUCCUGACCAUUGGCAAGAACACCUUCCAACAGAACCGUGCUGGGCAUCCAGCCCUGAGCAGACACCACCAAGACAUGAUCAACCGCUACAUGAGGCUUAAAGUCACACCAUGGCUUAUCCUCUGCGACGUUGGUCCCAGUGCCGAGGAAUUGGCCUCGCUUCCCGACUCUAAGGAUGCUGAAUUCCCAUCGUUGGCUGAGGCGGCCAAGGCUACCAAGGGGAACCGCAAGCCGCAUCAGCCAUCCAUCAACGCCUACGCCGCCUACAUGAGGUAUCUGGAGCGCCAGCAACCUCCAUACUCCAACAUGGAGACACCGGCCUUGAUCCAGUUCCAGGACUGGCUCCAGCCUCCUCUGCAGCCGCUAGCCGACAACCUCGAGUCGGCAACAUACGAGGUGUUCGAGGGCGACCCGGUCAAGUACGACCAGUACGAGAAAGCCAUUACCGAGGCCAUGGCUGAAUGGAAGGAGCUGAAGAAGCCCACCUCCUCAGCAACCCCCUCCAACCCCAAAAGCGACGAGCUCAUCGUCACUGUUGCUGGUGCCGGCCGCGGUCCCCUUGUCACUCGCGUCCUCCGUGCAGCCGCAAAAACCAACACCCGCGUGCAGGUCUGGGCCCUUGAAAAGAAUCAAGACGCCUACGUCUACCUGCUGCGCAAGAACAAGCAAGACUGGAACAACCAAGUUACCGUCGUCAAGACCGACAUGCGCGGUUGGGAAGGCCCCCGGCUCCGUGAUGACCCCAGCGCACUUACCAAAGUUGAUAUUCUCGUCAGCGAGCUGCUGGGCUCCUUCGGCGACAACGAGCUUUCGCCCGAGUGCCUCGACGGCAUCCAGCAUCAUCUGGCCCGCCCGCACGGCAUCUCUAUCCCGCACUCUUACACAGCGCACCUCAGCCCCAUCUCCACACCCAAGCUGUAUGCCGAUAUCAGCGGGCGUGUUGCGACGGGUGAUGUAAACGCUUUCAUGACUCCGUGGGUUGUACGACUCUUUGCCAUCGACUACGUCGCGCAGCACGUGCCGGGCCAUCCGCGGUUCCAGCAGGCGUGGGAGUUUGUCCAUCCGGUGGGAGUAUCAAGGAUUGAUGAUUUUGCAGACGUGCAUGGCAAGGCGGCGAGGUAUGCAACAGGCGGUGUGGGCGCCAUGGCCGGCUCGGCUGGGUCGAAUGAUCAUAAUACCAGGCACUGCCAUCUGACGUUUGUGUGUCCCACACGCGGCGUUAUUCAUGGCCUGGCUGGGUUCUUUGAGAGUGUGCUAUAUGCUUCGCAAACGGACACCGGCAAGGAGCCGGUUGAGAUAAGUAUCCUCCCUGAUCAGAUUGAUCGGAAAAGCAAGGAUAUGAUCUCGUGGUUCCCCAUUUUCUUCCCACUUAAGACACCCCUCUACUUCCCGCAAGACUCAGAGCUUGAGGUCAGCAUGUGGCGGCAGACGGAUGACUCUAAGGUCUGGUACGAAUGGCUGGUGGAGGUAUAUGCCUGGGUUGGACCCAAGACGCGGAUGAAGGUCGGCUCGUCGGAGCUGCAUAGCAGUCACCUGCGCAAGCGGCUAUCCAACAAUUAA